UGCAGUGACACUGACAGACGCUGCUGAAGGGGGAAAGUGGAACCAAGUGCGGCAUGUAAGAGUGGAAGCACUAGGAAGGGGAUCGGGUGAGUGAAUUUGCCUCACAUUUCAGUCUGCUCCCGCUGCUUGCCAGGACGCCUGUUUGGGUUUUGCAGCGACCUGAUGCCCUACCUGCAUGCUGGUCUCCGAGCAGCUUGGAGAGGGCUCUCCCCUGCUCGGUACGCCGCUCUGACCGCUUUGCAAGACCCUAAGGCCGGCGCCCUUGUCCUCAAGUCCCUAUCCACCGAUGUCUACGAGAACCUGGGGCUGGAGGACUGGCUGCACCAGUGCGUGGAGCCCCGGGACCGGGAGAUGCUCCUGCUCUGGAGGAAUAGCCCUGCUGUGGUCAUCGGCCGCCACCAGAACCCCUGGCAGGAAUGCAACUUGAAGCUCAUGAGGCACAAGGGCGUCCAGCUCAGCCGCAGGAGAAGCGGGGGAGGCACAGUCUACCACGACCUGGGCAACAUUAACGUGACCUUCUUUACCUCCAAGAAGCGAUACGACAGGCGCGGCAACCUGGAACUGAUCAUCUCUGCCCUGAAGGGAAUUCGACCUCACUUGGACAUCAUGGCCACCGACAGGCUGGAUCUGCUGCUCAACCGCGCCUUCAAGAUCUCGGGGACAGCCUCCAAGAUCGGAAGGACCACUGCUUACCACCAUUGCACCUUGCUUUGUAAUUCAGAUAGCUCCCUAUUGUCCUCUGUGCUCUGCACUCCUCAUCAGGGUCUGAAAAGCAAUGCUACCCCUAGUAUACCUGCCAUUGUGAAAAACCUCCAGGAAGAGGAUCCCACUCUCACUUGCGACAUCUUGAUGGAUGCUAUUGCAGCAGAAUAUUCAAGGCGCCAUGGCCUCCAGAACCAAAUCUUGUUCAUAGAUCCCAAAGACACAUUGGUGCUGCCAGGAGUUGACAGGUUUACGCAAGAGCUUAAAAGCUGGGACUGGAUCUAUGGAAGAACCCCCACGUUUAAUGUCUGUCACACCUUCUCUGUGGACCAUAACUUAUCAAGGGCAGAAGUUAAAUUGAGUAUGAAUAUCAAUCGUGGCCGGAUUGAAACCUGUAACAUUGAUGUCUUGUCUGACUGGCUGCCUUCGGAAAUGUGUGAUCAGUUGUCCACAGACCUCAUCGGCAGCAAGUUUUGUCCCACUGAAACGAUGGUUUUGGCAAAUGCCCACUUAAGGGUUUGUCCCCAGGAUAGCAUACUCCAUAAUAAAUGGAAUAUACUUUGUGAGCAAGUUAUGGCAAUUAUGUAAUUUUUGGUCUGAAUGAUUGUAGAGGAUAUGUUGUACAUCUGGAUAGACUUGAAUUUAACACAGCUGAAACUGCAAGCUGUUAGCUUGAAUCUAGAGAGGGUUUGUUCUAUUUUAUAACUCUUAUUCAAAGAUGAAUUUUACCAGAACAUUUUCUCUUUUAUACUCCACUUUACUAAAUUAAAUAUGAAAAUACACUCAAUGACCACUUUAUUGGGUACAGGAAUGAACCUGAUAUGGUCUUCUGUCUCUGUCACCCAUCCACUUCAAGGUUCAAUGCAUUGUGUUCAGAGAGGCUGCUCUUCACUCCACUGUUGUAACAAGUGGUUAUCUGAGUUACUGUCUCCUUCCCGUCAGCUUGAACCAGUCUGGUCAUUCUCUAACCUCUCUCAUUAACGUGGCAUUUUCGCCCAGAGAACUGCCACUCACUAGUUGUUUUUUUUUUGAUUUUUGCUCCAUUCUUUGUAAACUCUACAGAUUGUUGGGCAUGAAAAUCCCAGGAGGUCAGCAGUUUCUGAGAAACUCAAAACACUCUGUCUGGUACCAACAGCUAUUCCACAGUCAAAGUUACUUAGAUCAUAUUUCUUCCCCAUUCUGAUGUCUGAUCUGAGCAACAACUGAACCCCUUAACCAUGUUGGUGUGCUGUUCUUUGUUCAGUUGCUGCCAGAUGAUUGGUUGAUUAGAUAUUUGCAUUAAUGAGCAAGGUACAAGUGUACCUAAUAAAGUGGGCACUAAGUGUAAUUGCACAUACAAAAUGCUGGAGGAACUCAGCAGACCAGGCAGCAACAAUGGAAAAAAGUAAACAGUUGACAUUUCAGGCUGAGAUGCUGCUAUCCCAUAAAUGCUGCCUGUCCUGCUGAGUUCCUCCAGCAUUUUGUGUGUGUUGCUUUGGAUUUCCAGCAUCUGUCAGGGUUAUUUCAUUGUGAGUAGAAACAGGGUGAUUAAUUUUAAAUUAAAAUUGGAAAUUUUUGGAAUUAUGCUGCCUUGGUCUCUAUGUAUUUCCAGCAUUGCCAAUUUAUUGCAGAUUCCACACUUUUGGGGUAUUUUUACAGAGCCCUUGAGUGUUAAUCCAGAGAUUUAAAAUCCCAUUCUGGGUCGCUGAAGAAAUUAAAUUUGUGCUGAAAUAUUUCUGCAAUUUAAAAGGAAGCUCAUCCCAGAAAUGAUAUACACAAUCUUCUGGAUUGUGAAAACAAACAUCGUGUUUACUUGAGCAUUGAAAACGACUGUAUGUGAAGUUCAAAGUACAUUUAUUAUUGAAGUAUGUAUGCACUAUACCAGUGGUCCCCAACCACCGGGCCGUGAGGAAACAAUAUGAUUUGGCAGCGUGACCGUGUUGCCGACUUGCUGGUUGGCGCCUUCUUGCUCAGACUCUUGGUGCGAAAUGUAACUGACCAAAAAAAACAUUUUUCUUAAAAUGUUUUAGAAUGUAAUUUUCGUGCAGAUAAUUUUAGCAUGUAAAAAAACCAGGAAAAAGCCAAAAAGCCAGAUGAAUUUUCUGACGACAACCACAUUGGGAAAAACACAGAUUUCUUGGAUUUGAUGACCAAAAAGCCAAUCUGGUAACCUUGUAAUGAGUCAGCUGCACCUUUCCUCAUGCCCUGUCAUGCCCACUGUUGAACUUGAACGCACACAAGGUCAUUACACACGCGUCAUCCAUGUCAGCGCAGGAAGAAGAUCAACUCCUCGAGCUUGUAAAUGACGGCGGGCUGAAAAGUAUGUUUGACAUAACAUCUCUGCCGGCAUUCUGGAUCAAAGUCAAGGCUGAGUAUCCUGAGAUAGCCACAAGAGCACUGAAAACAUUGCUUCCAUUUCCAACAUCAUAUCUCUGCGAAGCAGAAUAGACUGAACAUAAGGAACCCCCUUCCAGUAUCACCCCUCGAUGUGACCAUCUUGUUACCGGAAACAAGCCCAGGGCUCCCACUGAUUCAGCAAUGUAGGUGUGUUGCAAUGAUUUUAUAUGUUCAUACGAGGAAAAUAUGCGCUGUGUUUAAUAUCCAAAUGUUACUUAAAAUGUUAUGAUGCUAUUGACUCAUAAAUGACUUAUAAUUGACAUCACUUUCAUGCGAGGAAAACAUGCGCCGUGUGUUUAAUAUUAAAUUCAUUAGAUAAACCCUUUUAGAAACAAAAUUGAGUUUAUUAGCCACUUAUAAGUGCCUUAGUUGAAUUAUCACCUAUAUUCCAGUCGUGAUUAACACCCCCCCUGCCCCCCCCCGCCGUCGGCCGGUCCGCAAGAAUAUUGUCAAUAUUAAACCGGUCCGUGGUGCAAAAAAGGUUGGAGACCCUUGCUCUAUACAGCCUUGAGAUUCAUCUCCUUACAGGCAGCCACAAAACAAAGAAACCCAAUAGAACCCACUUUUUAAAAAAAAUUGUCGAACACCCAAGUCUACUUGCUUUACACUUAUGACCAUGUGGCUAAGCACAGCUUCAAUGCUAUAUUCAAGUUUGCUGCCGUAGGCUGAAUCAAAGAUUGUGAUAAACCACCACACAGGAGGAGAUUGAAAAUCUGGCCGAGUAGUGCCAUAACAGCAACCUUUCACUCAAUGUCAGCAAGACCCAGGAUCUGAGUGUCGAUUUCAGGUGAAGGAAACCAGUAGUCCAUGAGUCAAUCCUCAAUGGAGGAUCGGAGACAGAGAGGGUUUAAAUUCCUAGGUGUUAUUAUUUCAGAGGACCUGUCCUGGGCCGAGCAUGUGUGCAAUUAUGAAGAAAGCAUGGAAGCACCUCUACUUCCUUUGGAGUCUACGAUGAUUUGGCAUGACAUCUAAAACUUUGUCAAACUCCUAUAGAGUAUAUUGACUGGCUGCAUGCCAGCCUAGUAUGGAAACACCAAUUCCCUGAAUGGAAACCUCUACAAAAAGUAAUGGAUAUGGCCCGGUCCAUCACAGGUAAAGACUUCCCAAUCAUUGAGCCCAUUAAUACGGAGCGUUGUCACAGGAAAGCAGCAUCCACCAUCACCCAGCCCAUGUUCUCGUCUCACUGUUGCCGUCAGGAAGAAGAUACAAGCGCCUUCGGAUUUGUACCACCAGGUUUAGGAAUAGUUGCUACCCCUCAACCAUCAGUCUCUGAACAAAGGGGAUAACUUCACUCGGAGUAUUAGUUCACUUGCCCCAUCAUUGAGAUGUUCUCACAACCAAUGGACUCACUUUCAAAUACCCUUCAUCUCAUGUUCUUGAUAAUUAUUAUUUAUUUAUAUUAUUGUUUCUUAUUGCAUUUGCACAGUUUGGUGUCUUCUGCACUCUGAUUGAAUCCACAAGUUGAGCGGUCUUUCAUUGAUUCUGUUACAGUCUAUAGUCUAUAGAUUUGUUGAGUAUGCCCACAAGAAAAAGAAUCUCAGGGCUGUGUAUGGUGACAUAUAUGUACUUUGAUAAUAAAUUUACUUUGAACUUUGAAUGUGCAGGAAAAAAUACAAAUGGUGAAUACUAUAAUAGUGAGCAAACAAUGUUCAGAACGAAUUUCACAAAAGUGAGUGUGCAGCCAUGAAGCCGGUCAUCACUGCAGCCGGUCUUGGAGCUCAUUGGUUGCUGGCCACAGCCUCAGCUCAGCAUAGAGACGGGUAAACGUUGUGGAGCAGCUAGCAGAACACUGGCCCAUCCCUCUUCUAUUGCCCCAACCGUAUUUUAUUUCCUCUCAUUUUGUGCUGCUUAUUUAAUUUAUCUAUAAACUGCUAUUUAAUUUGGUAACAAAUUAGGUGUUUAAAUGAAAUACAGAACAAAUACUACUACAGUGCUAUAAAGCUGAAUAUCAGUUCUUUAAAGUUAUUGAUGGAGGAAUUCAGCCAGUAUGCUACCGUAUCCUUUUGAUUGACUGUAAAUGAACAAAAUCAGUGUAGACGUCUAGUGUAGAUAAUGGACUGCCUUCAUGCAAUGUUUUUGACAAAUGAAUCCUCCGAAUCUUCAUUUUCAUUGUAACAUUCAAGGUGAUUGUUGAUACCUUCAAUGUAAUUCCUAACUUGUUGACGUAGUGAAAUUGUUUCAUUUUCACUCCCGGCCAUUUCUGGCAUCUCCAAGCCUGAAUGCUUGAGACCGCAGUGAGCAAAAUAAGUUCUAAGUGAUCUUGUUACUGAUUUCUCACCAAAAAUCAGUGCUUUUUGAACACAAGCCAAUGCAACUGGCGCUAUUCAAAACUUCGCUCUAAGCACGGUGUUGUGUCCAUGAGCGAUGCAGGUACACACAACUGAUGCAAAUUGGAAACUGGCAACAGUCUCCUGCCCCAAUUAAGUGGUUUAGUCUAAAUAAACUAAGAAAUACGGCUGUUUCGUCAAUUAGUUUUUGUUCUUGAAGUGUUAUCCCAAAUAAGUGAUUUGACUCUGACUUACUGAUGGCCCAAUUAUCCAGAAUCCACUGUACUUCUAAUAAUUUUGAUUAUGUAUUAAAAUGUAUUGCUGCCGGAAAACAACGAAUUUCACAAUAUACGCCAGUAUUAUUCAACCUGAUUCUGAUUUUUGCAUUGAGC